AUCGACCAUGCUUAUAACGGGCGCCUUUCGAAGAGAAUCGUCAGUCUUCAGUUGACUUACGCGUGUUCUCUAAGUAGAUCAAAAAAUGGCUGCUCCGUUGGUUUCUCUUAAUAACGGCAAAAAAAUCCCAGUCUUAGGACUAGGUACAUGGCAAGGCAGUGAUCAUCCUAGUGUUGUAGAAGAAGCAAUUAAAGAUGCAGUUGAUGCAGGUUAUCGACAUUUUGAUUGUGCCAUGGUUUAUGGAAAUGAAAAAGAUAUCGGGAAAGCGCUUUGUGAAAAGAUUGCAGAAGGUGUAGUUAAAAGGGAAGAUCUCUUUAUCACGACUAAGCUUUGGAAUAAUGCCCAUAAACCGGAUAUGGUUGUAAAGACUUGCAAACAGUCUUUGGAAAAUUUUGGACUGGAUUAUAUUGAUUUGUACUUGAUGCAUUGGCCCUUUGACUAUACCGUGGAUGCAGUAAGCAUUCGUCCUCUAGAUGAAAAAGGAAAUCCUAUGCCAGGAGAUGUAGAUUUUAUAGAUACAUGGAAGGAAAUGGAGGAAUGCUUUCGAUUAGGCCUAACAAAAAGCAUUGGCCUAAGCAACUUUAAUUCUCAACAAAUCGACAGAAUAUUGGGAGUAGCGAAAAUUAAACCAACAAUGAAUCAAAUUGAGUGCCAUCCAUAUCUGAACCAAAAAAAAUUAAUAGAAUUUUGUUCCAAGAGACAAAUUGCAAUUACCGCAUACAGUCCACUUGGAUCUUCUCAUCGACCUUGGAUUAAGCCCAAUGCUCCAAAAGUUGUUAUCGAUGAGCCAGUCAUCAAAGCAUUGAGCGAAAAAUAUAAGAAAUCUCCAGCUCAGAUAGUUCUUAGAUAUCUGAUUGAUAUCGGUACAAUUGUAAUUCCAAAAUCAAGUUCAAAAGAGCGAAUACGAGAAAAUAUAAAUAUCUUUGAUUUUAAACUGACACCCGAAGAGAUUUCAAAAAUUGACAAACUUGAUCGUGGGGAGCGUAUAUGCGUAAUGAAAGAGUACUCUGGACACAGGUUUUAUCCUUUCAAUAUUGAGUAUUGAGGGAUUACAGGGUUACAUAAAAUAUUGAUUUAUAGAAGCUCAUUAUACUUGGUACAUCUGUAUUCUUUUUAUGGAAUACCUAUUGUUUCGUUGUUUGAAAUAGAUUACUAAGCAUUCUACUGGCUAAGAAUGAAAAAUGUCAUCCGAUCAUAUUUCAAUAUAGUACUUCGAUGUAAUAAGAAUCUUAAUUCUUUGUGUUAAGUAAAGUGAUAUUAUUAUUAAUAACUGAGUAAGGUUGACUAUUUCAUAAUCAUUUGAUUUCUAAUUUUGUGGUUUUAAUAGAUGGGUGUCAGAACUAUAAUAGUAUUGCAAAAAAUUGUAUUUUGGGAAGACUUAAAAUAAAAAUAUAAUGUAUAAAAUAAA